CGCCGAGAGCGCAAAGCAUAGAAAAGCAAAGCCAUCAUCAAUCACCCACCAUCAUCAUUAUUCGUUGGCCGCAAACGCUCGGCAGCAGCAGCAGGAAACGAUCGCGUCAUCUCGAUGGAAUUUUGUAUGUAAAAAAUUCUAAAAUUUCUGGUGCAAGUGCGAUUGUUUUUCACCGUAGAUAUUAGUAAAUAGUGCAAAAAAUGGGGUGCUUCGAGAGCAAACCCUCCGAGCAGCAUCAGCCGACGGCCGUUCGCGGAUGCACGGAUAUUUUCUGGCUCGUCGUUUACAUUCUGUUUUGGAUAGCUUUGCUCGUCAUCGCAGUAUUUUCGUUCGUAUAUGGCAAUCCACUGCGUGUCAUAAAUGGCUAUGAUUCUUUCGGGAACACAUGCGGCGUGUCGAGUAACGAAAAGUUCUCUCACUUUCCUCUGUCCGGCAUGAACACCAAAGACAAACCGUAUGUGUUCUUCUUGGACAUAAAAGAGCUACGACAGACCCUCAAGAUCUGCGUAAAGGAGUGCCCCAAGAAAGAGAUUGGCAAUGCUAUGGAAUUGUAUCGUUACUACGAGGAACGUGACACAAAGUAUUGUCGAUACGAUUUUAACAUGAGCUUACUAACGGCCCCGGAUGCGAGCGGACCGAAAUACUUUGCGUUUGCUGGACCAUGUCCUAAGUUCCCGGUUUAUGAAUCUAGCUCGGUGCUUCACCGAUGUAUCCCCUCGGGUAAAAAUGCGCCUACCAAGGUGGUGAAGGACAUGUACGCAUUGGUGAAUUCCUUUGGGGCAGCUCAGCAGGUUUUCAGUGACAUCUACAAAACGUGGCCAACGGUUUUGCUGCUCGUUGGAUUGAGUUUAAUUUUCUCUAUCAUACUGAUAAUGAUGCUACACUGGCUAACGGCCAUCAUUUCGUGGUUGAUUUGUAUUUUCGUCGCUGUUGCCAGCAUUGGAAUCACCGCAGUUUUGUGGUGGUCUUAUUAUAAGCAGAAGCACUCAAUUGACACCGACACGAAGCUGUCCUAUCUGGAAGAGCUGGUGCGCAACGAAACCACGAUCUACGUAUUGGCAAUUUUGGCCACUUGUAUUAUGAUCAUCUUGCUGGUGGUCAUCUACUAUCUGCGUGAAAAGCUGAGCGGAUUGGCGGCCCUGUUCGAAGAAGCUGGUAAAUGCAUGCUGCAAAUUCCUGGAUUAGCUGGACCCCCCGUAUUGGCGUUUAUUGCCUUGGCCGUGUUUCUUUCGUUUUGGAUGGUGGUUAUAGUGUGUUUGGCCACUGCCAAUUAUCCCAAUGUGAAGCCCCUUUUACCCUUCACGCAACUCAAGGAGAACCCUAAUAAGACUGAAGCCGCCAUCAAACCCGACAUGUCCGUCAACAACAAUACGUACAAAUCAUUCGACUUGGUCGAAUACCCCGAGGCCGACUUCCUGCGCCACAUGCUCUGGAUCUACAUCAUUGGGUUGGUGUGGACGUCCGAGUUCAUCUUUGCCUGCCAACAGUUGGUCAUCUCGGGUGCCGUUGCCUACUGGUAUUUCCGCAAACCGACCGACACUCCUGUGCUCAACGCCAUCGCCAAACUCGUAAAGUACCAUCUCGGAUCGGUUGCGAAGGGUUCGUUCAUUAUCACGCUGUUCAAGAUACCUCGGCUGAUCCUCACCUAUCUGUAUGCCAAGUUGAAACGACACCAACAAGAAGGUUCGGAAUGCGCCAGCUGUUGCUUGAAGUGUUGCAUUUGCAGUUUUUGGUUACUGGAGAAAUUCAUUCGCUAUUUGAACCAUAACGCCUAUACGGUCAUUGCGAUUGAGAGUGUCAACUUUUGCCCAGCAGCCAAAAUUGCUUGGAAUGCACUGGUUACCAAUGCUCUGCAAGUAGCCACAAUCAAUGGAAUCGGCGAUUUGGUACUGUUCCUAGGAAAAUUAGCCGUGGCCGCUCUCUGCGGAUUGAUCAGCAUUCUAAUGCUUCGUGAUAAUCCGGAUGUUCACUUCUACAUGGCGCCCGUAAUCAUCAUCACGCUAUUCUCGUUUUUCGUCGCUCACAUUGUGCUGUCGCUGUAUGAAAUGGUUGUGGACACACUGUUCCUGUGUGUUUGCGAAGAUCGCACCAUCAACGGAAACUCCGGUCGCUGGAAGCAAAGCAACUUGGCUCACCUGUUGGGCGAAAGCCCGGAACAGGAUGCCGUGGAAGCACCGAUGCAGGUGGUUGAAUUGACCCCGAUUACAAAGCAGCCGUUCUCUGUACAAAGUUUGCAAAUGACUGAAAUUGACGACAAGGGUGCCGUUUGAAAUGACCAACUGAUAAUCACGAUAGGAAUUUCCUAUUAGGAAACACUAAACCCACAAAACGCAGAAAAGUUAAUAUUUAAGCCUAAAUGUGAAUGUCUCCUCUAGCAAAGACAGAAGUUCAACGACUAAUUGUGCUUUAAAACAACUAUCUCAUCGCUUCAUCAAACAAUCUAUCGAAGCAAAUUAUAAUAUAUUAAAAAAAUACUUAGAAAAGGAAUAAUUGAUCCUUUUGACGAUGUACAAGUCACUUGAAACGAUAAUGUAUUGUUCUCUGUUAGAACACGAUCCAUCCAAGAUAUUGUUAAUGAAUGCGCACUCUAAUGCAUCACAUGUUCAGAAAAUGGGCUCAAACAUAUUUUUGCAUCUGAAAAAAUUUGCAUAUUUAUAUUUAUAUAAUAUUUAUUGUAUACAUCUGUCCCGUUUUGGAUAAGUAAUUAAUUAAACUAUUUAAAAACAAACUUUUAAUUGUUUGCCCUUCAUAAACGCAUCAAGUUACACUGAACCUUCCGUAUCACCCAUAUAAUAGUUGCUCCAGUUUUGAUAAUCCAUUGUUGAAAGAGUUUAUUUUUACAGAUUUUAUUCCACCGUAUUGAAUGUUUAACGAGCCCGGUUCAGAUUAUGAUAUGGAGUUAUAAGUUUAUAAGAUGUAUUGCUAAGUUUUAAUAUUUACUUAUUAUACUUGUAUGGAUGUAAGAAUAAAAAUCGAAUAUUAUAGUAACGCCAAA